CUGGCCGUCCUGCGGCUGCUUUUUGUCAACACUCUACAUCCUCUCCUGCCUCGUUUCUCAACCUUCAAAUCAUGGUUUGAUAAAAACAGGAGCAGGUUUUGUGGAGCUGAGGAAAAAAACCAAACACUCUAAAAGACAUGGCUCAUUCAGGGCAGCAGGGGGAAAUGACCGAGUACAAGAAGAUCCUGAUCAAACGGGAUUUGGAGAUGGGCGUGGUCAUGACGGUGUUCCGGCAGAAGGCGGAGCGUCUCACGGUGCAGGUCAUCAUGGAGACCCGUCAGGUGGCGUGGACUCGUACUGCAGACAGAACCGAUGGUGUCUUGGACCUGUUUGAGAUCAGAGAAAUCCGCAGAGGCAGGAACUCGAAGGACUUUGAGCGUUUUAAAGAUGGGAAAGACAAACACGGCGAGAACACCUGCUUCACCAUCUUCUACGGCUCUCAGUUUGUCCUGAACACCCUCAGCCUGGGAGCGGAUUCUGUCGAGGAUGCUGAGAAAUGGCUGAUAGGACUCGAGAUGCUGCAGAAGGAGACCCUGGCAGCUCCUACUCCAGUUCUCAUAGAAAGCUGGCUGAGGAAGCAGAUGUAUUCUGUCAAUCAGACCAAAACAAACAGCCUCUCUGUCAAGCAGCUGAAGUCUCUCCUCCCGAUGCUCAACUACAAGGCCCCAAGCACCCGCGUGCUCAAAGAUAAAUUACAGGAAAUGGGAGUAAAGAAAGACCGUCUGGACUUUGAGCAGUUUCAUAAAUUUUAUAACCUUAUAAUGUUUGAACAGAAUGAGAUCCUUGAUGAAUUCAAAAAUGAAGCUUGUUCUUUUAUUCUGGGAAGCACAGAUAAGCUAGACGCCUCAGUUGUUCUGCUGCACGACUUCCAACGAUUUCUUAUUUAUGAUCAAAAGGAAACUUGGGCCAACGAUCUGAAUCAGGUCAGGGAGCUGAUGACCAUUUUUAUUGACGACACCAUGAGGAAGACCAAUGACCCUGAGUUCACAGUCAGCGAGUUCCUCAGCUUCCUGUUUUCCAAGGAGAAUUCUGUUUGGGACGAGAAGUUCUCAGAGAUCAUCAAUCUGGACACACACAACCCAUUGUCUCAUUACUGGAUCAACUCCUCGCAUAACACUUACCUGACAGGUGAUCAGAUUCUCAGCGAGUCGUCAACAGAGGCCUACACCCGCUGUCUGCGUCUGGGAUGUCGCUGCGUUGAAUUGGACUGCUGGGAAGGCCCCGGGGAGCCGAUCAUCUACCACGGCUGGUCCAGAACCACCAAGAUCAAGUUUGAGGAUGUGGUCAAAGCCAUAAACGAACAUGCAUUUGUCACCUCAGACUUCCCAGUGAUCCUGUCCAUAGAGGAACACUGCCUGCGUCAGAUGGCGCGGAUCUUCAAAGACGUGUUUGGGGACAAACUUCUGACCGAACCGGUGGAGCACAUGGCCGAGCUGCUGCCGUCACCCACUCAGCUGAAGGGCAAAAUCAUACUCAAGCACAAGAAGCUUAACGUGGAGGGAGGACCGGGAGCGGUUAAAGACUUCAGGAGGGGCGAGAAGCAGGGAGACCUGGAGAUCUGGGACCCUGUCGACCAGCGGUGGAACAAACACUACUGUGUGAUCUCUGAUAACAAGCUGUACUACGCAGAGGAGUACGAAGAGGAAGAUGAAGAUAUCAGGAAGUACCAGGACCUGCACUGCUCGGAGCCGUGGUUUCACGGUCAAAUGCACGAGGGUCGAAUUAUGGCCGAGCGUCUGAUCCAGGAUUACUGCGCAGAAACCGGCGGACAAGAUGGCACCUUCAUGGUUCGACAAAGUGACACGUUUGUCACUGAUUUCACUCUGUCGUUUUGGCGUGGUGGGAGAGUCCAGCACUGCCGCAUUCGCUCCGGCACAGAGGAAGGCCAAAACUUCUUCUACCUGACUCCAAACCUGCCCUUUCCCAGCGUGUACUCUCUGAUCCAACACUACAGAGAAACGCCGCUGCGCUGCCAGGACUUCGACCUGCGUCUCACUGAGGCUGUACCCAAACCGAACCCUCACCUCCAAGAAGGAUGGUUUUACAGUAAUCUGAGCAGAGGUCAAGCUGAGGAUUACCUGCUCAGGAUUCCCAGAGAUGGAGCUUUCCUCAUCCGACAGGAGAGGGAGAAGUGGACCUCCUUCGCCAUCACGUUCAGAGGGGACGGGAAGGUCAAACACUGCCGGAUCCAGAAGGAUGGGAACGUGUACGUCCUGGGCACUACUACGGAGUUUGAGAGUCUCGUGGAGCUGGUGAACUACUUCAAGAAAAAGCCGCUGUAUCGCAAAAUCAAACUGCGUUACCCGGUCACACCCGAGCUGGUCAGCCGCUUCAGCCAGAAUGAAAACUGCUCUGAUUUAUAUUCUGCAAAGAUGUACGUGGAACCUAAUGAGAUUGCGCCAUCGCCGCCCCAAAACACAGUUAAGGCUUUAUACAGCUACCAGGCCAGGAGGGCAGACGAGCUCAGCUUCACCAAAGGAGCUCUGAUACACAACGUCACCAAAGACGCCGACGGAUGGUGGAAAGGUGACUACGGAGGAAAGCUUCAGUUCUUCCCUGCAAACUACGUGGAGGAAGUCUCCAACAACGCCCAGCAGGAGACUAGAGCCCAGGACAUGGAAGACAACCCACUUGGUGAACUGUGUAAGGGUACCGUGGACAUCUCCAAGUGCCACAUCCAGAAAAUGAUGUCCUGGAAAAAAUGGGAAGCCCAUCGUGUUGACCUUGAUAACACGGAGCUGGAUGGCAUGGAGUUCGACCUGGCGCCCAGCUCUCUGGAGGAGAUGUACGAGUGGUACCAGUUUGCCUGGGACAUAACUCAGAGAGAGAAGAGCAAACAGUACAAUGUCCAAACUCAGAUGAAGCAGCAGGAGCAAGUGGAGAAGAAGGAAGAGGUUGCCAUGGAGAUGUCGGACCUAGUGGUCUACUGUCAGCCACGCAGCAAGGAGAAGGACCGCUUCGAGAGUUACAGCCACAAAGAAGUCCGCUCGUUUGUGGAGAACAAGAUUCCAGGGAAAAGCCGCACCAAGGACUUCCUGCAGUACAACCGCAAGUCUCUGAGCCGAAUCUACCCUAAAGGUCAGCGUGUGGAGUCUUCCAACUAUGACCCCUACCCCAUGUGGGCUGUCGGCUGUCACAUGGUGGCCCUCAACUUCCAGACUGCAGAUAAAUACACCCAGCUGAACAGCGCCCUCUUCAGUCUGAAUGGAUCCACCGGCUACGUCUUACAGCCAGAAUUCAUGCGCCAAGACAGCUACAAUCCUUAUCAGGAGAAGAAGAAGGUCAAAUACAGAAUUCAGAUUAAGGUGAUCGCUGCCAGGCACCUUCCUAAACCCGGCCGCAGCAUCACCAGUCCGUUUGUGGAGGUGGAGCUGUGUGGACACACGGAGGAGAAGUUCAAAACCAGCGUUGACCAUGAUAAUGGUCUGAAACCAGUGUGGAAAGUCCCAGCAGAGCCAGUGGAGUUCACCGUCUACGAGCCAGAACUCACCUUUCUUCGUUUUGUUGUCAACGAGGAGGACAUGUUCUCAGACCCCAACUUCCUGGCUCAGGCCACGUUUCCUGUCAAAGGCCUGCGCUCGGGAUAUCGCUCCGUACCUCUGAAGAACGGCUACAGUGAAAACUUAGAGCUGGCCUCUCUGCUGAUCCACAUCAACAUCCAGCCAGCCGAGAAAGCAGAGGAAGAGCUCUACUCCUCCUCCAAUCAGCUGAGGAGAAAGGUGGAGCAGAGCAACACCUUUGUGUACGAUACACACUCCAACCUCCAACGCUCCACGCUGCCUCGCACCAGCGAGAAGCAAAGUGGAAAAGAGAAGAAGAUAAACAACAGUAAGUUUUACUCCUGAGGUCAGAGCGGUUCAACCAGCCAGCCAGAACCGCACGUGACCCUCUUACAUGUAAAAUGACAACAAUCAAAUGUUACCUAGAAAUGUUAUUUAUUUAGGGUUUUUAAACGACGUGUAUUUUUAUUACAUGCCUUUGGGAGAUGUUACUGCUGUUCCGGCCAGCUUCACAAGUCUGCUUCCCUCUGUAAUCAAACUGCUUCAUGUUUUACUGACGGUAUUUAUUUUGAAUGAAACUCGUGUGUUUAACUGAAAACAAGCAUUUCACUGCAAUAACGCCAACAACGCAUCUUUUCAUGAGCUCACACUUCAACGUUUGAAUAUUAAAAGGCCUGGAUGACAACUCCGUAAGUUUCUUGUUUUUCACCGCAGUGACCUUAUUAUGACUUUAAUAUUUGUUUUAAGUAAAAUUAAAAUGGCUGAAUACAAUGAGAAUAUUUCUGAUGUUAAAUGAAAGCAUAUGAUGUUUAAAGCACUUUGUCACUUCAUCUGGGAUUAAGUCAAUAAAGUGCAUUUGUUUGUAUUUUA